AUGGGGCAGAAGGGACGAGUCAUCAAGGGUCCACUAGGUCCAAAACCAAAGAGACAGAGAGCGCCUGGGGCACCCAAAGGUUCAUCUCAGGCUGAUGCUGAGCUUACGGCAGUGGAAUUUCAAUCUGCGCUGGCAAACGCCGAAGAAUUGAACAGAGCGCUCGCCAAAGUUCAGAACCAGCAAGAUAAUCAAAAUUAUCCAUAUGCGGACCAACAAGGUCAUCUACAUAGUCCACCCUCCAAUGCUGACAUGAAUGGACCCAAACCAAAUAUUGGCUACAAGUCAUCAUCAUCCGUUUCAUCUCAAUCGGUUAUGGUGGACGCUCCUACGCCUCAAUCAACAGGAUUACCUAUGUCUUUUGGAGAGUAUAUCAGGGGUGCAUAUUACAAAUCUAAGCAGCUAAAGGAACACAUUAGGUGGAAGAAAGUACUUGGACCAAUGUUUGCUACUUAUAUGUCUCAAUCAGACGCGAUUGGUGGACUUGGUUGA